UCAUAAAAUUGGAAGUUGAAAAUGUAAAAGUGACUCUGUUCAUAAUAAAAUAUAUUAUUUUGACAAUUACAACUAAAACUACUACUGCUCAUUGUCAACAAACAUAUUGAUUGACACCCAGUUAGUGCUACUUUUUAUGUGUUUAACUUCAAUUUUCUCUUUCAAGAACACUCAGCAUGGGCAGAUCACAAAGCUUGGAGGAAGGACUAUUACCAAGUUCUUCAAUGCGUGAAUCUAAUCAAACUGAUGAUGGGAAUGGUGAUGGCAGUGACAUGGGUACUGAAAAAUUUGAUUCUUCUGCUACUCCUAUUGUUGUGUUCAGCACCAUCAUUUCUAUAUGUGGCUUCUUGGUUUUGGGCUGCGCUGCUGGAUAUUCGUCGCCAACUGAAUCUGAAAUCAUGGAGGAACUUGGCCUCUCAGUUGCAGAAUACUCUGUUUUUGGCUCAGCAUUGACCAUUGGAGGACUGGUUGGUGCAACAGUAAAUGGAAAAGUGACCGAUCUCAUUGGAAGGAGAAGAGCUUUCUGGUUAGCAGAUCUUUUCUUCAUCAUUGGGUGGUUGGCUAUAGCAUUCUCCCAGGCUGCCUGGUCCCUGGAUCUUGGAAGAUUAUCAUUGGGAAUUGGAAUUGGGGUCACUUUUUAUGUGGCACCUGUAUAUGUUGCAGAAAUUACGCCUAAGAGUAUUCGAGGAGCAUUAACAGUAGCUAAUCAGUUGAUGCUCACAAGCGGUACAUUGCUAAUGUAUGCUCUUGGAACGGUUGUUUCCUGGCGCACAUUGGCUCUAAUUGGUGUUGCUCCAUGCUUUGUGCAAGUAUUUGGUAUAUUCUUCAUUCCUGAAUCCCCUAGAUGGUUGGCGAUGGUUGGUCGAGAGACAGAACUAGAUGCUGCUCUACAGCGACUUAGAGGAAGGACUGCUGAUAUAUCUCAGGAAUCAGCUAACAUCAAAGCUUACACAGAGGCCUUUCAGCAACAAUCCGAAGAACGAAUCUUUAACCUCUUCCAGCCUAGAUAUGCUCAUGCGCUCAUAGUUGGAGUUGGGAUUAUGGCAUUGCAGCAAUUGGGAGGAAUUAAUGCCAUUCUGUAUUAUGCCAGUUCCAUAUUUGAAGCAGCUCAUUUUUCAAGUAAUGUGGGGACUAUCUCCCUUGCGAUUAUUCAGAUUCCUGCUGUUCUUGUAUCUGUUAUCUUAAUUGAUAAAGCUGGAAGAAGACCACUUCUUAUGGUUUCAAGCACUGGAAUAUUCUUGAGUUUCUUGCUUCUUGGCUUCUCAUUCUGUUUGCAGGAUAACAACUAUUGGAAACAGAUCACCCCAGUUUUGGUUUAUAUUGGCAUAAUGGCCUAUAUAAUAAGUUUCUCCAUAGGCAUGACGGGGUUGCCGAUAGUAAUAAUGUCGGAGGUGUUUCCCAUAAACAUCAAGGGGUCAGCAGGAAGCCUUGCAACUUUUGCCAAUUCUGCCUGCGCUUGGGCUGUUGCAUACACUUUCAAUUUUAUGAUGGAAUGGAGCUCAGCAGGAACAUUUUUCAUAUACGCUGGCAUUUGCGGUGUAACAAUCCUGUUUGUUGCAAAGCUUGUGCCAGAGACAAAGGGCCGAGCGAUUGAAGAAAUACAAGCAUCUAUGACCCUCUUUAACCACUAAAAUAUGAAAACAUAUAGUAUGUACACAUUUUUCAUUCAAUCAUAAAGCAAAUGGAUGAAUGCAUAUAUAAGUCCACUAAAAAAAGGGUCAAAAAUAUAAAUGAAUAGUGCGUCAAUGAAUGAUCUGUAAUGUCGCAUCAAUUUGUAUAUUUGAUAGAUGCAUGUAAUAUUACUCAUCGUGAAAAAGGAAAAUGAAUCGAUUCACCUAGUUGUUAA